AUGGCGCCGCGCGACCUUCGACCCCCGCGCCGUUGCCCGGCCCGGCAUGCGGAACGCGAGCCCGACGAGACCGCGCGGGGAAGAGACCCGGGCGCCGCCGUUGCAUGUUUCUGCGGCUCGGCUCGCUUCCUGCUGCCGGCGCCGCUUCAGAGAGCCGCCAGGGGCCUCCCAACCGGCGAGCAGAGCAACGGCACCGCCGAGCAACCCCAGCCCAACGCCGCGCCUGGAGCCCCCGGCUUGCUGACGACGCGCGCCGGCUUCGCCCUCGCGGGCCUCGCCGCGGGCGCCAACGCCAAGCCCGAGAAGGCGGCCAAGAAGCGCGGCCUGUUCCGCAGCGGCUCGCUGCUCAGCGGGCUGAAGCUGCGCAAGUCGGACUCCAAGGCGUCGCUCUCGAGCCAGCUGAGCAAGCGCAGCUCCUUCCGCAGCGAGGCCGGCGACAGCCUCGCCGAGUCGGAGAUGAGCUUCGGCGACGUCGGCCGGGACUCGCCCAUUGCCGGCACGACCGCGGCGACGGCGACCGGCGCCGGCGGCUCGUUGGCGGCGGCGGACGAGGAGGAGGCGGCGCGCCUGGACGACGCGUCGGCCACGGAGAGCUACGCAGGGGAGUGGCGCGGCGACCGCCGCUGCGGCUUCGGCGUGGCCGAGCGCUCCGACGGGCUGCGCUACGAGGGCGAGUGGCUGGACGACGAGCGCCACGGCUACGGGCGCACCACCGCGGCCGACGGGCGCACCGAGGAGGGAAAGUACAAGCAUGGCGCCCUGCCCACGGGCGCCGGGGCCCGCCGGCGGGCGCUCAUCCCGCUGCGCGCCGGCAAGGUGCGCGGCAAGGUGGAGCGAGCCGUCGAGGGCGCCAACCGGGCCGCCGCCAUCGCGCGCCAGAAGGCCGACAUCGCCGCGUCCAGGGCUGGGCACGCGCGGAGCAAGGCGGAAGCCGCCGACACGGCGGGCGAGGUGGCGCAGGAGGAGGGGCGGACGGCGCGCGGCAUCGCCAAGGAGCUCUCGCCGUCCUUCCACCAGCCCGGCCUCGAGUACCAGCGGCAGAAGUCGGCGCGCGAGGCCGCAGGCGAGGAGCACAAGUACCGCGGCUCCGAUGAGCCCAUCGACCGCUACAGCCCCGAGCUCUACCACGGCGGCGGCGACGGUGGCGGCGGGGGCGGCACGGCCCGCUCCACCCCGCGCUCCUCCAGCCCUCCACCGAGCCCCGGCGGUGGCGGCGGCGGCGGUGGCGGCGGCGGCGGGCUGCAGCUCCGCGGGGGGAACCCGGCGCCGUUCGUCACGCAGUCGAGCCCCGAGCUGCGGCACUGCGGCGCCGCGGCCGUGCCGCCGGCAGCGGUGACGGCAGGCGCCGCGGGCGACGGCCAACGCGGCCGUGGAGCGGCGAGGAACAACGGGGAGACGGGAGUCGGCGCCGAUCGGGCGGACCGCCGCGGCGCCGCGGAUGCGCCGGCGGACGAGCGGAAGCGGCGCGCCGGCGGUGACAUCGGCGUAGAGGUCACGCCGCCGCCGCCGGGCGACGGCGUGACCUCUACAGCGGCGGGGGUCGCGACCCCUAACCCGGCGAGCGGGAGCCGCCACUCGAGCAGCUACGAGCUGCAGAUGCGGCCGCUGGAGCCGGUGGCGGGGGGGGCGGCGGCGGCGGCCACGGGGGCGACCGCGGCGCGGAGGACCGAGAGGGACGGGAACUAUCCAGCAGCGGAGGAGGAGGAGGAGGAAGGUGGCGAGCAGCCGCAGAGGCAGUAUCAGCAGCAGGAGCAGCAGCAGCACGAGUCGGCGGACUACAUCUCGUACUACCACGACUACCCGGUGAACACGCGCGUGUCCAUCAUCAGCGACGGCGCCUUCGACUUCGUGCCCGCGACGCCGACGCUGUCGCCGGCCGAGAAGGCGUUCUUCGAUCGCGGCGACGUGCCGAAGGAGGAGGAGGAGGAGGAGGAGAGGGAGGAGGAGGACGAGGAGGUGGAGCUGCUGCUGCUGCGGCAGACGGAGGACGCGACGGUGGCAGCGGAGGUUCAGACGAGGGAGAAGAAGAAGAAGAAGAAAGAGGUGGAGGAGGAGGAGGAGCGUGACACUGAAGCCGGUUUUGACGACGGACGAGUGCCCGGAGGAAAGAAGCGCGUGGCGUCAGGAGAGCAUGGGGCGGAGGCGGAGGAGGAGGCGGAGGAGGAGGAUUGGGAAGUCCUGGAAGAGGAGGAGGGGGAGGAGGAAGGAGAGGAAGAGAAGGAGGACGUCGGGCGACUGAAACGGGAGCGCCGGGGGCAGACGAGUGGCGACGGAGGGGACGCGGCGGGGGGCAUCACAUCGGAGCGGGAGUUUGACGAUGAGCCGCAGUUCCGGUUCACGUUCCCGGAACCGGCACGUCCGGCCCAUUCGGGGCCUUCGCGGCGCAGAGCCGAGGAGUCCCCCGAGGCGUCGCGCCGGCCGCCCGCUCGGCAAGACCCGGAGCCGGAGUCGCCGCCGGCACGAUCGCGGGAAUCGAAACCGCGGCCGGAGUCGCCGGCGGCGAGGCCCCGCGGGGCGUCGCCGCGUGACCACGCCGCGGAGGAGGAGAAGGAGGAGGAGGAGGAGACGGAGCGGGAGGAGGCCAAGGAGGGGCCCCAGCGGAGGAAGAGGCCGCCGGUGUCCAAGGCGGCGAAACCGAAAGUGGAGGUCAUCGAGGAGGUCAUCCGCGUGCGAGACAGAACACCGGAGCAGAAGGCCGUCCUGACGUCCAUGCUGGUGCUACUUUUCAUCGGCCUCUCCGUUCUCUUCGCUCACGUCUUCAGCUGAAGAGCGAGAGGCCACGGGAGAUGGCACGGCAGGGGAGGAGGAGGGAGGGUGGGGGGGGGGUGAUCCGACGCACGGAAGGGGGGCGAGAAGAUUUUGUUGUUGUUGUCGUCGUCGUCACGAGCUGCCGUUGCUUUGAAGAUGAAACGAAGGAGUUGAAAACGCCACGACCAUCGGUCUGAGAGGGGUGGCGGUGGGGGCUGGAAGUGGCGGGUGACGGCCAAUUGGGGUCACUCGCCGCCAGAGACUCCGCACCGAAGUUAACAAAAUCAGAACUCUUCCAUUUCGCACCGACGACGGUGGGGGGGGGGGGGGGGGCGCCUUUUUGACGAUGGCGCCGCGCGACCUUCGACCCCCGCGCCGUUGCCCGGCCCGGCCCGGCAUGCGGAACGCGAGCCCGACGAGACCGCGCGGGUCUCGCGGACGGACAAGCAGAUGGACAGACGGACGGGGAGAUGAACAGACAGACGGACAGACGGACGGGGAGAUGAACAGACAGACGGACAGACGGACGGGGAGAUGAACAGAUAGACGGACAGACGGACGGGGAGAUGAACAGACGGAUGGACGGACACGGGCGCGCGCAGGCGGUCGCGUCACGCGCGCAGCUGUGCGCCGUAAACGUUGCGCACCCAUUGGGCGAACGUUGCAGCGUCGCGCAGACGGACGGACGGACAAGCAGGUGGACGGGCAGAGAGAUGAGAGGAGCGGACGAAUGGGCAGACGAGACACAGGCGAAGCAGUUGAGCGGACAGACGAGCGGGGGAUAUUCGUGAUGAAGGGGUUGGUUUUUUUGGGGGGGUUUAGACAAGCAGGCGGACAGAUAAGCAAGCGAGCAGACACGCAGACAGACACGUAGACAGACACGCAGACAGACACGCAGACAGACAGACACAAGCAUGUUGCAGUAUUUCGCUUCGCCGAAGGCUGAGCUUGUAAUUGUUCUGUGACACAACAAAAUAUAUGAUGAACCUGAAUGCCUGAUUUUUAUUAUUUUAUCGAUUA